AUGAACACGGAGCUCCUCGGUUGCCCAUCCAAUUUCCUCAGCAGGGUCAACCAACUGUACAAAGACCAGCGUGGCCAAGUCGGGUUGGACAGUGACCUAUCUGGACCCUUCUCCAUCGUUAACGGCCUAAAACAGAAUUGUUUCCUGGCACUGACUCUGUUUAGCAUCUUUUUCAGCAUGAUGCUUAAACAGGCCACAGAAAACCUCGACGAUGGCGAUGCUGUGUACAACCGUAACAGCCUUGGCGACAGUCUGUUUAACCUCAGGAGACUGCAGGCCCACACAAAGACACUUGAGCAGCUGUUCCGUGACCUCCUCUUCGUGGACAAUACUGCCCUCGUCGACCAGGUCAAAAGAGCCCUGCAGCGCCUAACGCCCUGCAUUGUAGAGGCUGCCCGGCUCUUCAGAUUCGAGGUUAGACCGAGGUCCUUCACCAGCCUGCACCCUGAGGAGAGUACUGCCCCACCCACACCACCAUUGGCGAGACUGAGCUGA